UAACUUCACCAGUGUCACUCUUGCAUAAUGAAAAACACAGGUUCCGGUUUCACCUUCCAGAUUAAAACAUCACUGCAGCAGUUCAACCCGACAGCGAGGUCUUUAUUUUCCAAAAAACAUUCACAUUUCCGGCCUUAUCCCAGUUGCAUGUUUGUAAUUGACACAGCUGACCGAAUUUAUCUCCACGACCCGGAGCCUACGAGCAGGACUUUCUCAGAUUGACACAGAAUGGGGAGAAGCUGACGCACCGUUAUUUACCGGACCGUUAACUUUCCUGCUCAAAGCUUUCCUCAUGCCAUCACAGCCCACACGCUGUGCUAGACCAGGAAAAUCACCUGAAAGAUAGUUUUGUAAAACUUUGACCACUGAAGAGUUGACAUUUCCUCCUUAUUGGUUUUCCCCUUCUUUUCUGGACAUUUAACCGCGUUAUUACGCGUGAUGUGGGAAGGGAUGGCUCCUCCUCGAAGACGAAAAACUGGAUUACAAAUAGUUUUUUAUGCCUGUCUUUCAAUUUCUUUGGCUUAUUCGUAUAAUAUAGACUUAGAACAUCCUUUGGUGUUCCGAGGGAAAAAUUCUAGUUUUUUUGGCUAUUCUGUGCUGGAGCAUUAUCACGACAACACACGGUGGAUAAUAGUAGGAGCUCCGAGGGCAAACUCUACCUACAGUAGCUCCGUGCGCUCUCCUGGAGCUGUAUAUAAGUGUCGAGUUCACAGCAACCCAGACCACCGCUGCACAGAGAUGGACCUGGGAAGAGGAAACAGGCCGAGGGAGUCGUGUGGGAAGACGUGCAAGGAAGACAGAGAUGAUGAGUGGAUGGGGGUUAGCCUAGCCCGCCAGGACAGAGCCGACGGCAAGAUACUGGCUUGUGCUCACCGCUGGAAAAACGUCUUCUACGACUCAGAGCAUAUCCUUCCACAUGGAUACUGCUCCAUCAUUCCUCCAACGCUUCAGGGCAGGACAAAAGAACUCAUCCCUUGCUAUGAAGACUAUAAACAGAAGUAUGGGGAAGAGCAUGGUUCGUGCCAGGCCGGGAUAGCGGGAGUUUUUACAGAGGAACUGGUAGUGAUGGGGGCACCGGGGUCAUACUACUGGACUGGAACAAUCAAGGUGUACAACUUGACUUCUGACUCUUUCUACAGCCCUAACAAAGAAGAUGUCGACUCCCACAGAUACAGCUACCUUGGCUAUGCUGUGACCGCUGGGCGCUUCUCCUCUCCUAAUGUAAUUGAUAUAGCUGCAGGGGCACCUCAGCAUGGCGGCAGCGGAAAAGUAUACAUUUUCAAAAUUGAUGGUGUGUCUUUGGUGAAGAGUUUUCAGGCCUCAGGGAAAAUGAUGGGCUCUUACUUUGGCUCCUCAUUGUGUGCAGUUGAUCUGAACCAGGACGGCCUGUCAGACCUGCUGGUGGGGGCACCCAUGCACAGCCAGCUCCGAGAUGAAGGCCAGGUGUCUGUGUACCUCAGCAAGGGAAAUGGGGUGAUGGAGGAAGCCACUGUUUUGACUGGGGACAGUGCUUUCAAUGCACACUUUGGGGAAUGUAUUACGGCAAUAGGAGACAUAGACGAUGAUGGUUAUCAAGAUGUAGCCAUAGGAGCCCCUAAAGAGGACGACUAUGGAGGAGCUGUUUAUAUCUACCACGGGGACGCCACAGGAAUCAUCAGUAAAUACUCAAUGAAACUGUCUGGGCGCAGUGUAAACCCUGGUCUGCAGAUGUUUGGACAGUCAAUCUCUGGCAUUGUGGAUAUGGAUGGCAAUGGAUACGCAGAUGUCUCCAUUGGAGCUUUUAUGGCAGAUAGCGUUGUGCUGCUAAGGUCACGACCUGUUAUUACAGUGGAUGUCUCCAUCUUCCUGCCCGUCUCCAUCAACAUCUCUGUGCCACAGUGCCAUGAAGGCCCCCAGAACCUAAACUGUUUCAAUGUCACUGUGUGCAUGCGCUUCAAGGGACGACAGGUGCCUGGACAGAUAGAGCUGCUGUAUAACCUGACAGCUGAUGUGGAUAAGCGACAGAAGAGCCAAACUUCCCGGGUUUACUUCACUUUGAGCGGAUCUCAGAUCAGUCAGAUGAGCCAACAGCUCAAUCUGGACAUUAAAACUGAGGAGUGUCAGCACUACACUGCUUAUGUUAAGAAAGAUGUGAAGGAUGUGUUCACAGCCAUCACAUUUGAGGUGGCCUACAGCCUGGGGAAGCAUGUUCUCACAACACAGGAGGAGCGAGACCUGCCCGCGCUCACUCCGGUGCUCCGAUGGAGGAAAGGAAACAAGACUGCAGUAAGGAAUGAGACUUGGUUUGAGAAGAACUGCCUAUCAGAUGACUGUGCCGCAGACCUGAGGCUUCAUGGGAAACUACUGCUCUCUGGGUUGCACAUCAAGCCUCAUUUGGCCCUCGGAGGAGUGAAGAAUGUCUCCUUGAACCUGACCAUCUCUAACGAUGGAGAUGACGCCUAUGACACCAACAUCUACUUCAACUUCUCCAGGGAAGUUUUCUACAUCAACUUUUGGCAGAAGGAAGACAAGGGUAUCUCCUGUGGACUUGUUGAUUUGGACUUCCUUAAAUGCAGUGUGGGAUUUCCCUUCAUGAGAGCACAGACUAAGUAUCAUUUUUCAGUGAUUUUUGACACAAGUCAGCUCUCUGGGGAAAAUGAUACAUUGCAGUUCUUAGUCCAAGCAAAAAGCGCUAAUCCGGAGCACACGCUCUCUGACAACAGUUUGGAUCUGUCCAUCCCUCUGGUUCAUGAGACCGACACAAUGAUUACUGGUGUGGUGACACCAACCUCCUUUGUGUAUGGAAACUCCAUCGAUGCCUCGCGCUUUGUACAGUUGGAAGACAUGGAGUGCAAUUUUCAGCCUCUCAAUCUCACUUUUCAGGCCAUAAACAAGGGGCCCAGCAGGCUGCCGGGCUCCACUGUAGACAUCAGGAUACCCAACCGACUGGCUGGCAGCGGAGCUGAUAUGUUCCACAUCAUUGAAACACAGGUGGCCAAUGGCCGGGGGAACUGCACCCCUCACAAAAACCCGACACCAUGCACCAUCCCCCAAGAAAAAGAGAGCCUGUUCCACUCCAUAUUUGCCUUCUUCACCAAAUCAGGACGCAAAGUCUUGGACUGUGAUCGGCCUGGAAGAGCAUGUAUGACAAUCUCCUGCAGUCUAGGUCCACAGUUAAAAGAAGAAGCUUUAAGCAUAGAUAUAAAACUUCUCCUCAACACUGAAAUUCUUAGGAAGGAUAGUUCCUCGGUGAUCCAGUUUGUGACAAGGGGCAGUGUGACAGUGAGUGACAGGGCUGUGGAGGUGCCAACAGGCCUGCCAGAGGAUAUUUCUCUGGUCUUUGAGGCUCUCCACAGUCAGGAGCCAAGGGGUUAUGUAGUUGGCUGGAUCAUUGCCAUCAGUCUGCUGGCGGGAAUCCUCAUCUUUCUGCUGUUAGCUGUGCUACUCUGGAAGAUGGGUUUCUUCCGUCGGCGCUACAGAGAGAUCAUUGAGGCUGAAAAGAACAGGAAGGACAGUGAUGAAAGCUGGGACUGGAUGGAAAAGAAUCACUGAGAUUUGUAGCAGGAGCCACAGAAGAGCCAGUGAGACUAGGGAUUGGGUCAGGAGGGAUCCAAUAGCAAGGAGUUUCACAGGCCCAGCCAACCCCGUGGCACCAGGCCCUUCAAUCUUCCAUAUGUGGAAGAGAAGAAUAUUCUCCAUAUUUUUUGGAGACUUGAUUUAUUUUUUUCAGUGGGUUGAGGUCCAGGAAACAAGCUUCUAAGGUGACAAUGUGGCUUGCCAGGGGGCACUUGCUGGGCAGUUCAGCUAAUCUCAAAGGAGGUCAUUCCCAGCCAGCAGAGCAGGGUUGUUGUGGUGGAGAUCUGCAUCCACAGUGGGAUGUGGAGAUGGCAUGAAUAGUGGUGGACAACAAAACCCUCAGGGUUAUUAUAUGGCAAAUUUAUUUUUUUACCUAGACUUUAAGCCAUAUUGUAUAAAACUGGGCUUUGAGUCAAGAUGAGGUUUAGAAGGCCAUUAUAAACAUACUGGAUCUAGUAUGUUUUCCUAAAAGCACUGAUGUUUGAUAAGAAUGAAUGCCUUGGCUCCAUAGCUUUACUUUUUUAUGCCAAAAAUAUGUCCUGUAUAGUAUGUGAGUGGGGUCAUUUGUAUAUUCAGUUCUUUCGGAGAGUGAAAGAUUAUAUCUCUUCUGUACUAUUUUAGCUUAUGAAUAUCUGUAUCACACAUCUGACCGCCCCUGCCUCCCACUGAUAAUCAUCUAACACUAACUUUGUGUUUUACACCCACACACACAAUGAUUAAAAUGCUGAUGUUGUCCGAGCUGCCUUGGAGGCUCUGAAGGCUGAAGUGCUCUCUGAGGUCUUUAGGUCCUCCUUCAGCAUGUGUUAAUCAACUGCACUGUAGAGUUUCCUAUUACCACUUUAUUUGUUGUGUUUCCUUUAUUAUCCAUGCCUAAAAUGUAGAGGAUGGGUUGUAGCCGCCAUUCACAUUACCAUUCCACUUGUUCUGGCUUUUUAACCAAGGUUUUUGUAUGUGAUAGAAGUGGAUGUAACAAACGUGAAUGUGAAGGACUCAAAAUUUUACCUUUCCUCUCUCCAAUGCUUUGAAUAAACAAAUGCUUUGGGAGUGCCAUGUGCAGUAAGGCUGCUUUUGCAAGGAACUAUUGCUCAGGUAUGCAGCUGCCUUUUUAGAUGGACCCCCCUCCAAAAAAAAAAGCUUUGAGGAUAUCUUAGUUGAAUAGGUUGUGAAUUCUCACUGAAAGAAAAAUUUUUCAUUGUAUUCACUAUAGGAGUCGAUUCACAAAUGACCUGAUGAUGAUUUAGUUCUAAAACCUUUCUAUAUUUUACCGAACCAGGCCAUAUUUGCAUUAAUUUCACUAUGUUAGUAGGCAAUGGGUUUUAACAUGAACUAUAAGAUACGUUACUGUCCACGAUUGGAGUCCACCUACAGUCAUUUACAGGGCAUUAUGGCAUGAGUAAUGCUCUAAGAAUAGGUGGGAACGUACUGCACUCAGUCACCACAUAUAAAUGAGCUCUUUGGGGCUCAGGGGGAAAACUCAUUUUAAGUCAACAUGGAGAGAUGUCAGUGCUCUGAAAGUCUUCCACAGUCCACAGUUCAUCGGUGCUUUGAUUUUUACCCCCCCAGUCUGUUAAAUGCUGAGCUAGAUUGUGAACUGAAUUUUGCAGAACACAGUGAAUUAAAGUUAUACAUUUUAAAAGCUUUAUUGCAAAAUCCCAUUUUCUAAAAAGUAAAAUUAUGCCAAAAAAAAUAAGCUUUGAUUUCAGUUUUGAAGAAUUUAUCAUGGACCAUCUGGUGUAAUUGAAUUAUAUUGAAACAAAUGAAAGGUAUGUGAGGAUGAAACCCUGCAAUCUCAUGACUUUCUGGGUUGUUUUGCAGUAGACUGGAGUCAGAUUUAAACAUGCAAUGCCAAAGAUCAAAAAUUUUAUUUUAAGUGCUAUACUUAAGUGCUAAGACACUUUAUGGCUCAUUAUGAUUGCUUGGCUCUCUGUUGUGCUGUGUGUAUAUUUAAUUGUUCUGAUACACUUUAUUUUACCAUUCAGUUCCACUGGCAUCACAGCGUAUGCUGUACAUAUUCACGUCUUCCCUCUGCAUGCGUUAAACCAAUGCUAUAUCUGUAUGCAGGGAAACUGACACUUGACAUUUUUUGGUAAUUUUUUAAUUGUGAUGGUUAUAUUAUGUUUAUAUAUUUGUUGUCACUGUUCAUCACACCGUUAGUGGGGGUUUUGUCCUGAGUAUACUACUGUCACUUAAUAUCAUUUCCAAUAUAGUGUGUCAUAUGUUUGAUGUUCAAAGUCAUGUUUGAGAUUUAU